UUAGGUUGAUACCUCAAUGAACUUCAUGUUAUCUUUCUAAAGUUAACACUGACUCCUCACUCUUGGUGUGGCCUGGCGAGAUCGCCACAUUCAGGAAGCCCACCGCCGUGCUUUUGACUGAACCGUUCUUUGAACUGGAGUGAAGACCCUUACGGAGGUGACUGGGCUCGACAACACUCGAAGUACACGGCGUCGAUCUCAGAUAUUUAGUAAUAGGUACAUAUUUACUACUAGUACUGGCGGUUUUGGAGGUUUUGGACAUGCCUCCCUUCGGACACCAACAUCGACCCUUUGGGCUUGACAAGACGGUGGCCGUUAUCGGUACCGGUAUCAGCGGGAUCUGCGUCGCCGCGCAUUUGUUGAAACAGGGACUGCGUGUGACUGUCUACGAACGCUCAGGCGUUGCUGGUGGAGUCUGGCACUACGAUGAACGUGUCUCUGACGACGUUCCAUACCCCAACACGACCCCUUCUCGAGGUGACUACCGCGUCUCGGAGCGCGGCGAGUUUGCAUGUGCGACCGAAACUCCGAACCAUCUUGGCAAUGCCCACGGCGGAGUAAACAUUGGAGGCAGUGAAGGCGUUCCCAUUCGCGAGGUAGAGUUCGCGCCUCCUGGACCCUGUUACGCCGGCCUAAAGAACAAUGUCCCUACAAGUGUAAUGGCCAGCUCUCUGGACUCAUGGCCAAAAGGAACGGAAGCCCAUGUCAGCCAAAGACUGGUUGAGCAGUAUAUCCAGGGGUUAUCAAAGAAAUUCGGCGUGGACGCCGUGACUUUGUAUCACACCCGUGUCGAUGAAGCCAGGAAAACAAUGGAUGGCUUAAAGUGGGAGAUACGGUCGGUUACGUUGGAAAAGCUGGGGACGGGUGCCCGAUUAGUUGAGAAGGUCGCCCAGUUCGACCUCUUGGUGGUUGCUUCGGGCCACUACAAUAUGCCGCGGGUCCCGGACAUUGAAGGGCUGAAGGACUGGAAAGCCGCCUACCCUGACCGAGUUACCCAUUCGAAACGGUAUAGAACCCCCGAGAUGUACCGUCACCGGAACGUCCUAGUCAUUGGUGGCGGUGUGUCUGCGCUGGAUAUCUGCCGUGAGCUCGACGGGGUCGCCAAAAAGACAUACCAGAGCGUGCGCGGAGGCCAGUUUGAUCUUUCAGAAACACUCCUGCCACCGAGUGCUGUCAGGGUGGCCGAAGUCGAGCGGUUUGCUCUCCGAAAAGAGCCUUCCCAUGGCAACGGUCACGAUGGGCUUGAAGAAGAGGAGCCCGUUGCUGGCUCGGUUAUUCUGAAGGACGGUCGAGUAUUGGAUGAUAUUGACUAUGUUGUGUUGGCAACGGGCUACAUCACGUCAUAUCCAUUCCUUUCGCAGCUACAUUCCGACACGGCAGCCAUUACCGAGGCGGGCGAGGAGCUGAUCGUUACAUCUGACGGCGAUAUGGCGCAUAACCUGCACCGGGAUAUCUUCUAUAUCAAUGAUCCGACGCUGGCGUUCGUUGGGGUACCCUACCACGUCGCAACAUUCUCCCUUUUUGAUUUUCAAGCCCAGGCCGUUGCUCGGGUCUUUGCCGGCAGGACGAGGCUGCCGAUUCGGGAGGAAAUGCGGAGGGAAUACGAGAAGCGUGUGCAAGAGAAGGGGCUCGGGCGGGCCUUUCAUUCUUUGUGGGCGCCCGGCCAUGAGAUCACCUACGUGCAGGAGCUGGUCGACUGGGUGAAUAGGUGUGGUUUGGAAACCGGAGAGGAGAUAACGGAUCCAAUGCAGCCACACUCGGAGGAAUGGAGACGGGAAUACGGGGAGCUGAAAGCUAAGUUGCUAGGAGUCAGGGGCUCGCUACUAGGACCAACCGUUGUGGGCAAAAAUCUUGAAUCAGAGAGCUGAUAGGAUAUGCUUAUUGCGCAUAGACCGAAGCUAGUCGUAGACAAUACUAUUGCUGCUAUACUUGCAGUAGGUACCCAACUAAGCGUUGUAUACAAAGAGCCAGGGGUUGCGCACCACGUUCGAAACAUCCAAGUUCUCCGGCAGCCUAAGGCGAACUGAGGACGGACAUGGUGUAUGAAUUACGAUAUCUCAGCAGCAUGAGCGACAACAAAGAGGAAUUCGGCAAUGCAACUUACGAUCCGCUCUUCAAGCGUCGAGCAUACCCAUCAGU